GAAGUUAUAUAAGCACCAUCGCGCAGUUCUCCGUAUCUUCCACACAGUAGACCAGUGUCGGGUCCAGGACCACACGGACAACCGAGGGGUCGCACAACGGCAACCAGACUGGAGCUUUAAUUUCAGAUCAACGGGGUUUCCCGUUUAAAGCACCGCAGUCACCAGACAUCGGGCUAGCGAAGUGAGACCAGUCACUCCAGCUAAGCAAAACCGUUGUUGCCGGGAGCCACUGAUCCAAUCAGGGAAUAAAAAUCAGCGAACCAGAAAGCAAAAUGGUGCAGAACAAGAUGACCGCCGUAACCGGAUUUCAUCGCUCUUUCAAGGGCCAAAAUCCAUUCGAAACGGAUGAAUUCUCCAAAACCGGAUCCCACCUUCAUGAUCCUGCCUUCAAUUUCGAUUGCUCCACUCGCCCCGGUAUGCCAUCCAGCCAGCCGAUCGACAUCCCCGAUGCCAAGAAGCGGAACAAGAAGAAAAAGAGGUGCAGAGCCACAGACAGCUUCUCAGGGCGGUUUGAGGAUGUCUAUAAGCUGCAGGAUGAAGUGUUAGGAGAGGGAGCGUAUGCAAAAGUGCAGACCUGCAUCAGCCAAAUCACGCAGAAGGAAUACGCUGUAAAGAUCAUAGAGAAGAGACCAGGACAUAGUCGAAGUCGUGUGUUCAGGGAGGUAGAGAUGCUGUACCAGUGCCAGGGCCACAGAAAUAUCCUGGAGCUCGUGGAGUUCUUCGAGGAGGAGGAUAAGUUUUACCUGGUGUUCGAGAAGCUGAGAGGAGGUUCUGUGUUGACCCACAUUCACAAACGGAGACACUUCAGCGAACAGGAAGCGAGCAUCGUGGUGCAGGACAUCGCAAGCGCUCUGGACUAUCUGCACAACAAAGGCAUGGCCCACAGAGACCUCAAGCCUGAAAACAUCUUGUGUGAACAUGAAGACAGGAUUUCACCGGUGAAGAUUUGUGAUUUCGACCUGGGCAGUGGAAUCAAGCUGAACAGUGAUAGCUCUCCUAUCUCCACUCCAGAGCUCCUCACACCGUGCGGUUCUGCCGAAUACAUGGCGCCCGAAGUGGUGGAGGCGUUCAACGAGGAGGCCACCAUAUACGAUAAACGCUGUGACCUGUGGAGCCUGGGCGUCAUCCUGUACAUCAUGCUGAGUGGCUAUCCUCCCUUUGUGGGCCGCUGUGGAAGCGACUGUGGCUGGGAGAACGGGGAGCCGUGUCACGCCUGCCAAAACACACUGUUCGAGAGUAUCCAGGAGGGCAAAUACGAAUUCCCAGAGAAAGAAUGGGCUCAUAUCUCCUGGAGUGCCAAAGACCUCAUCUCCAAACUGUUGGUCCGGGACGCAAAGAACCGGCUCAGCGCCGCUCAGGUUCUCCAGCACCCGUGGGUACAAGGGGGUGCUCCUCAUACAAUCCCAACCUCCAUCCUGCUCCAGAGCAGAAACAGCAGCGCCAAAGACCUGACGUUCUACGCCGGACAGGCGAUGGCUGUGAACCGGCAGCUGGCGGAGCAGGAUGACCUGGAAGCACAGUGGCAGGAAGAGGCGUCUCCUCAGGUGGUGACGGCCGGCGCGUCCUCCAUGCGGCUCUCCCCACCAUCCAACUCCAAACUGGCCAAACGGAGGCAGAGGAGCAGCGCCAUGAAGGGGGCGCCGGUGUCUGCCGCCGAGCUCAGCCAGCUCCUUGCUCCGCUUGUCCUCAUCGGAGACUGCGCCUGAGAGACAGAGGAACGUCUCGAAUUCUCUCAUCCUGCUGGACAGUGGGCGAGGGGAAAAAAAAGUGUUGAUUUUUUUUUGUGAAGUCUCUGCCACCCCCUGAGUUCAGGUGUCCCUCUGCGUAUCCGUGCCUCUCCCUCAUUGAAGGAGUACCUCAUCAAAGUCGCUUUCGUGUGAAGUAUUCGCCGUAUGCAAAAUGAGGACAUCUUGAGGCCCGUCUCGAACCUGGUUGCGGCGUCGCUCGCUCCUGUAUUCAUCCUCAGGCUCUUCCAGCACUUCUGUCAGGACCCAGCGGCAGGGUUCGAGGCCGAUACGCAGACGGAUACGCUAAACACAUUUUUUUGAUUUGAAAGGCAGAAGAUUUUGAAGCCAGCCGCUCAAGACACCAAAGGACUACGACACCCACAGAAUCCCUUCCCCUUUCCUCAGCUGCUUCCUCUUUUACAACUGGAUCCACUGUGAAUUAUUAUUAUUAUUAUUAUUAUUAUUAUUAUAUAAUUUUCUUUCUCCAACCGAGAAAGGAACGUUUUGCCGGGAACGCGGCCAGACAUCCCCCAUCAUCCGUACUCAAGAUUCCCACGCUUUAUGCAAUUUCCUAACGACUUCAUCACCUGUCAGAAUACUGGGAGAUUUUUUUUUUUUCCUGUGUUGCCAGUGCCUCGCUUUACCUCCCCUCAUUUUCAAAGCCAAUGAAUUCCUGUCAUCAGCAGACGAAAUCUAAUCACGAUUGGCCUCUUCUACCAAAUUAAUGAAGCACUUGAUAUAUUUCGGGGAGGAUGUUAAAAUGAAAUUGUUUCCCAAUUGGUGCCAGAGUUCUUAAAUAUUCGGACACAUUUUUUCCCCAAAAAAACAAUUGUACUUCAAAGACGCCGCAUCCUAUCAUUUAGGAGGCUUUUAUCUCGCCCAAAUUUAGUUACAGCCGUUACAUUUUUCAGACUCGACGUCUGACGCAUAAACGGCACGCCAGAAAUCGUAAAAAAGAAAAAUCCAAACCGGCUAUUCGAGGUCACAAACGUGACGUUCGGAGCGACGUGUUUGGGCGUAGGGCGACAAGAUCAGCAAAAAGGGGUUAGCCGUUAACGUGCACACCGGGAGGGACGGGAAUGUCACAGAUCAUGUGGUUAUACAAGCACACGUCUGUUUACGUGACUCAUCAACUCUAGUUGGUCAUGGAAUAAGGCUUUGAAAUAAAAAAAAAUUAAUAAAAAAUUUAAACCCGUUCCCUUCAGUUCGGUACAGAUGGUACGGUGAUUUAUAAACCCGCUGCCUCGUACGCACUGUCAAAUACCUUUCAACAGGGGAGAUUAAUUUUUUUUGUCAUAAAGGUAAAAAUUAAGAAAAAAAAAAAAUCAAAAAAUGGAAAAGCAUUCCAGGAAAAAAAAAUUUAUGAGUCGGGAAAAGAAAACCGCACAAAAAAAGUCUUCCAAGGCAAUGUAGCUGUAUGAAUAAGUGGAAAAAAUUUUUUUUCUUUCGUUCUUUUUUUUUUACGUUUACUUUUGUUUGUACCUCCAUUUGAAUACUGAAACUGUGCCACACUGUGCUGAUGUUUUAUGCUUUUUAUUAUUGUUAUUAAUAUUAUUAUUACUGUUGUUAUUGUAUCUUCAUCUUCAAGCAGGUGCUGUUCAAAUGUCCAGAAUUUCUUUGUUCCCCAAAUCACGUUUUAUCUCCUUUUUUUUUUUUUUUUUUUCUUUUAGUAUUCACGUGAUGAAAUGCUGGUGCAGAAGUUGUAAAUUUUUUUUUUUAUUAUUUUUUUUUUUUUUUCCUCAACGAAAUUUGAAGUGAAUGAAAAAGGCAAUAUUUUACUACUUUCAGUGUUUUCGGAAGGGGUGGACAAAUCCAUAGAGUCGCCAUCACGCCGAAAUGAAAACAGAAACCUUAGGGUGGGGAAAAAAAAGAAAAAGGCGUAAAAACAAACAAAAAAAACGUCUCUUGCGGUUUCCCUUUCCUUUGAAGUCACGUUUCAACUUUGAAUUGUGCAAUUAAAUUUUUUCGGACGUGUUUAACAGAAUGGAGAAUCGAAAAAAAAAAAUCGUCUCGAUUGCGUACACCGGAAUGAGGUUUUGUUUUCUCAAGAAGGAAAGGAAAAAGAAAAAUCCUCUGGCCGCCUUACAAAGCCGACUUCCAACAAACGAGUACGAAUUUCUUCCGAAAGGAAAAAAACUAACAGUUUAAUCAUCGGUUCGCGAUUUGUCCACCCCGACUCGUUUUGUAACGUCUACUUAAAUUUUUUAAUUUCUUUAUUUUAAUUUUUUUGUAAUUUCCCCGUAACACGGAAACGCAGGAUUGUGCCGGAGGGACGUUCGGAAAAGUGCAUUUUUGACUCCGCGUCGGUAGAUCGAUGGAACUGACUUAAGUGUUUGAGUUGUAAAUGUUUUCAAAUGAAAAAUAACAAAAGAAAGAAAUCCUCCAUUCACACACACACACACACACACACACACUAUCGAAUAAUCCUGGUGAAUGUUCAGCUCGGCGGGUGCUUUUUCUUUCGCAAGUUGCAAAAAAACAACAAACAAACGGCACUCGAGCCUAUCAGUAAAGAAUAGGACACUGAUUGUAAUUUUUUUUAUAUCUAUACCGAUUUCUACAUUUGCAUCUUUUUUGUGGAGGUUUUAUGUCUUAUAGUAAGACUUACUUGAAUUGUAUAUGCAGCGGUUUUCUCACAUUUUGCUCGGGAAACUACCUUUAUACCUGUACACGAAGCUGUUCGAGACGAGACUAGGCGUAGGUUUUGGAGACUAAUUUCAAACACAGAAGUCGAAUCAGUAUUUAAACUCGCCCGGAUGCAAUUCUACUCGUCUUUUUGUCUUUUCUUUUUUUUUUUUUUUUUUUUUACACAGACACACCGGAUAGGUUAUGUUCUCAAAAAACGCUCACCCAAGUGCGGCCCGGGUUCGGGAUCCCACCGCUGUUUGGGUUUAACAAAAUCUGGGAUGAGUUUUUAAUCCUCACGUUUCUUCACUUCCGUUCGUUCUGAUGGAGGUUCAGAGGAACGACAUUAUUUCUGUUUUGGAUUUCAACCUGAUUUGAGUUGAUUUUAUUAGGGGUUGUGAUUAGAUCUCUUCUCUCCCCCCCCCACACACACACACAUUUGUAAUUUUUGUUUUUCUUUUUACAUCAAUGUGACCUAAAGGUUGAAAAACAAUGUUGUAUUCAGCACUGUCUGAUUUUCUGAUUUUUCACACCCAUAACCUAAACGACUCAUGGGGAAGAUCUCCAAACUGCAGGGUUCUUUCCAUGAAGUGGGAUUUCUCGGUUUAGCAGGUUGUUGUUGUUGUUGUUGUUGUCCAGUCGGACUGUCCCUGACCGCUUCUCUUCCCCCUGACGGUCGAUCUCGCUUUAACCGAGAAAGCUCGCUUCCUGAAAUGACCCCGCCGCCCGGGGGGGUUCCCUUUUCGGGACGGCGUCAAAAACCGUAGAAGCACUUUACUGUACCACGUGGCUGAUUUCAGUUCACUCGAAAGCAAGACACGACUCUUGUUGCAGAUUUUUUCUAUUGUUUUCUAAUGAAAAGAAACAAUAAAAUGCUUUAAACCACAA